UAUAUCCCUUCCCCUCCUCCAGCAAAGCCACUGAGCCAAAAGCGAGUGGUGAGUGAGAGAGAGAGAGAGAGAGAGACACACACACACACACACAGAGUUCUUUUGCAGAAACCAGUAAUGGCCUAAAUAUAUGCCUUUGGUAUUUAAUUCUCCCAACCUCUAGACCGGCUUCUCCUUCCCCCUCCUCGUCCUCCUCCUCCUCAUUUUAUUCUUUACUCUCCUCCACACUCAACCCCAGAAAUAUUAUUUCCAAUGGCAUCUCCUCCUCCCCAACAAACCCUAGACUGACCCUCCUCUUCACCCGCCCCCAUCCCCUCCGUCUUCUCUUCUCGUGGAGUUUGAAGUUUGAACCCCUCUUGACCCAUGUCCAGCUCCACUCCCAUGGCCGCCGCUUCAGUCUCCAGCACCCUCCUUGGUCUCCUCACCUUCCUCUUCCUGAGGGUCCUUUCCGCUGACCCAACAACCCCCUCCUUCUCAUUCAGCAGAUUCGACCGAGAUCCGGCCACCAUUUCCCUGCUCGGGGACUCCGAGCUUGUCAAUGGCGGCUCUGCGAUUGAGCUCUCAGGACAGGCUGUGUAUGCGGAACCCAUCAGGGUCGUCGGAGGUAACCCCCAGAGUUUGGCCUCUUUCUCCACUAAUUUCACCUUCUCGCUCUCCCGUGGUAGUGGGGAUGGCUUCGCUUUCGCCAUGGCCCCGAGAGGGGUCAGCUCGAGUUUGUCUGGAAAUGGGCGUUUCGGGCUGCCUGUGGGGAAAAACAGAAGUGUGGACGGGUUUCUCGUUGUCGAGUUCGAUGCCGUGGAGAACCGUGUUGGUAUCGAUUCGGGUAGCCGUAAGGUGGGCAAUGUGUCCUCUCUCAAUUUGGUGCUGAAUAGCGGGCACAAGUUGCAGUGCUGGAUUGAUUAUGAGGCGGGCUCUAGGAGGUUAGAGGUUAGGCUGAGUAAGCUCGGCGGUUCGAAGCCACUGAACCCAUUCCUAGCCCAUCAGGUGGACCUAUGGAAGAUGUGGAAGGACCGGGAUGUGUUCUUCGGGUUGAGCUCCUCCAGCGGGGCCUCAAACCACUCCUGCUUGAUCCACUCGUGGAGUUUCGAGCUGAGACGACCCCCGCAUUGGAUCCAUUCCCAGCCAUUGGAUCCUAACGCCAUCUCCGAGGACAAAAAUCCCCUGACAGGCCCCCGUGGGAAGAACGAUUGCCUCCUGAAGGUGCUAGCAGCAAUGAUCUUCGGGACGGGGAGCGGGGCGCUCGGGGCAUUCUGCAUCCUGUACCUCUGGACAAUCUUUGGAAGGCGGAGGCCAGUGGCGCCCGAGGAGUUUGUGGGGAAGGAGAAAUCGUUGGACUGCGGUUAUAAGAAAGUUGAGGUGGUAGUUGUAGAUAAGGCCAUCGAAGGUGGUCAUUAGCUGGUGCUUCAGGAUGAGGUGAUGUUAGGGUCUCGGUUUUUUGUUUUGUUCAUUUAAAUUUUUGGUGCUGUAAAUUGCUGUCUUUUUGUGUCAUUGUAUGAUCACGCGUGUUCCCCUUGAUGUUGUAAUUCGAUGACUAAAUUGUCUAAAGUGUAGCUUAUGCCGCAUAUUAUCCAAUCCAGUGACUGCUCCGACUGCAGGUGUUGAUGUUCAGACGGUGAAUGCUCUGCCAGAUUCAUUACGAUUUGCUAGUUUUGAGCUUAAAAUUCAUUCUGGGGAAGCUAUUUGCCCAAGUUUGAUUA